CCAUCGAGCGUGCUUGUUGUUGGUUUGGCGUGUCGAGAGAGCGCCGUUGCAACUCUCCACGCAGUGAGAGUUCGUCGUUGGGGAAAGUGUGCGUGUAUACGCACGAAAUAAUAGUGUGUUAAAUAAAGAGUAAAGGAAAGGUGUGCUGCUAACAUGUGAUAUUCGGGAGAUUUCUGCAAAUUGGUAAUACGUUCGUACGUACGAGUCUAGUGCGGGCUCGAGUCUCAUCCUCGCGAUUCUAGACGGCCCGAAAAUUUAGCGCCCGGUUGCGGCGCAAAACUGCUGCCUGUUUCUCGGCCAGUCGUGAGUCUCGUUGAAAAAGGGGUGGUUGGAGAAUAAUGUUCUUUGAGCAGUGAGCAACGCACAUCAUGGUCGUCGCGAAGCACUUCACGCAGGGCUCGAGCCCCGAGUUCGGGGUGCCGGAUAUGACGGUCAUUAGCGAUAUCGACGAGACUGGCAUCAAUCGGAAUCUUCAAGUCCGAUACGAGAGGGACCAGAUAUAUACAUACACAGGAUCCAUACUCGUAGCUGUAAAUCCUUACAAAGAGGUCGACUUUUAUACGAACGAAUACGUGAGUCGUUAUCAUGGACAAAAAAUGGGUGCACUCGAGCCACACGUUUUCGCGUUGGCCGAAGCAGCUUACAGAUCUCUUCAAGAUACGAAAAGCAAUCAAUCCUGCGUUAUAUCUGGCGAGAGUGGUGCUGGAAAAACCGAAACAACGAAAUUCAUCUUGCAGUAUUUAUGUUCGGUGACUAGCAACGUCGACACUUGGGUGGAACAACAGAUAUUGGAAGCCAAUACGAUUCUCGAAGCUUUCGGUAACGCAAAGACCGUUCGUAACGACAACAGUUCGAGAUUUGGAAAGUUCAUGCAAGUUUGUUUCGAUAGUAAAUGGAUGAUAAAGGGUUGUAUCAUACAGGACUAUUUGUUGGAACAAAGCCGUAUUACAUUUCAAAGUCCCGGAGAACGGAAUUAUCAUGUACUUUAUCAAUUGGUUGAAGCUGGCACAAGGGACAAGGAAUUUGCUGAACAGUACAAGCUUAUGCCAGCGAUUCAUUAUAAAUAUCUUAAUCAAUCUGGAUGCGUUAAAAUUGGAGGUAUAUCGGAUUCAAAGAAACUCGAUGCGUUAAGAUUAGCUUUUAAUGUUUUACAGGUUGCACCGGAAAUGUGCGAAGGAAUAUUCCGUGUACUAUCAGCUAUCUUAUGGUUGGGUAAUUUGAAUUUCGAAGAUGUUGACGGGGAGAGGUGCGAAUUGAGGGAAGAGGAUGACGACAUAAUCGAAACGGUGGCACCAUUGUUAGGUCUUCAAAUCGAGGAUCUAAGGAAGGUUGUAUUGAUACGACAGAUCAACGUACGUGGUAAUAUCACCGAAAUACCUCUGAAAGUGCAAGAAGCCAAAGAAAAUCGACACGCCAUGGCCAAAGCAUUAUAUUCCCGAACGUUUGCUUGGCUUAUAAAUCAUAUCAAUAAUUGUACGAAUCCAGGACAAGACAGUUCGAGAUUUCUCGGUGUAUUAGACAUAUUUGGCUUCGAGAAUUUCGCGGUAAAUAGUUUCGAACAACUCUGUAUUAAUUAUACCAACGAGAAACUUCACAAGUUCUUCAAUCAUUACGUUUUUGCAUUGGAACAAGAGCUCUAUCGUCAAGAAGAGAUUCAAUAUUCUCACAUAACGUUCACCGACAACACUAUGUGUUUAGAAUUGAUCGAGAAACCACCUAGAUGCGUUUUAAAGUUGUUGACCGAACAAUGCCAUAUGCCGAAGGGUUCCGAUCUCGCGUAUUUAACUAACCUACACGCGGAAUUCGAGAAUCAUCCGUGUUACGUGAAGGGUGACGAUCGUCGCAGAUGGGAAAAAGAAUUUGGGGUGAGGCAUUACGCCGGUUGCGUAACAUACACCGUAGAAGGUUUCGUCGAAAAGAACAGGGACGUACAGCAAGACGUAUUUUUCGACUUUAUGUCCAGGAGUACAAACGAAUUCGUCCAAGAGAUAACGGUUUAUCAAGAUCUCUUAGGAUGUACCGUAGCCCGUGCAACUGGUAACGCUGCAGCAACCAUGUCUCGCGGAACGUCAAAGGGCAAACCUACAUUAUGCGAUUCCUUUCGACAUCAAUUACAGGCUCUAGUCGACGUAUUGCAAGCAACGACGCCCUGGUACGCACGUUGCAUCAAACCUAACAUGGAAAAAGUAUCUAAUCAUUACGACGAGAAACUCGUACUCGAUCAACUCAAAUACCUUGGGAUGUUGGAUAUAAUUCGUAUAAGAAAGGAAGGUUUCCCUAUACAUAUGGGCUUUCACGAUUUCGUAGCUAGAUAUCGAUGUCUUGACAAAGGAAGAAAUUUGUUGUCCCGUGACGAGAGGGAAGCUGUUAGAUCAUUGAUAAGUAGCCAAGGUAUACCGGAAACCGAAUGGCAAAUUGGUAGGACCAAAGUAUUCCUUCGGAGUUAUGUACACGAACCUUUGGAAGAUUCGAGGAAUCAGAUGGUCAGCAGUAAUGCUUUGAUGAUACAAAAGAUUUGGAGAGGCUACGUAGUACGAAAGGAGUACAAGAAGAUCCGCGAGGCUGCGUUAAAAGUCCAACACGCGUACAGGGGCUGGAAAUUGCGCAUAAUAUUUAUUCGUAAACGAAGAGCUGCCAUUAUUAUACAGAGUCAUUUGCGAGGUGUUUUUGCUAGGGAAGUAGCUGCGGCUUUGCGCGAAAUGAGACGAGUGGACGAAGAAAUGAGAAAGAGAGAGAGAUUGGAGGAAGAAAGAAGAUUGAUGGAGGACAAGAAGGCAUUGGAGGAGAGUCAAAGCGCGCAGUACAAUGGUAUUGUUGGAAUGGAACCAGGAAAAGCACAAGAGGAGAUAGCUACGUUGACCCAAAUGGCAGAACAGAUGAAUUCUAAGAUAGCUGCGUCGGAUUUGCAGUCGGUCGAUUUAGACAAUUUGUUUUCCUUUUUAUCGGACGUUCAAUCGACGAAAAGCAAUCAGAUAAUCGAGGAAAUCGGUGAACAGAUGGAUAAUCUCGUAGAAGAUUUGGACGUCGAAUUAGAAACGGUGAUACAGCAGGAGAUGGAAAUGAAUUCGAAGAUCGAAUCGAAAAUGAACACACCUAAUGGCCAAGACGUUACCCCGGUACAGCAGGCACAACGAAUAGGUGGAAGUACGGGAAAAUUGGGUCAACCGAGUCUUCCAGAACCAACCGAACCACCGCCACCUCCGCCACCACCUAUUCCUCCGUUGGCAUUGAACGGUGACUCCUCGGCUGAUAACGGAGAGCCGAUAUACGAAUCUGUUUUACCGCGAGAAGAAAAUGGGCCUAGUAGUCCUAUCAUGAUCAAUGGUAGCCCGGGACAAAUGAACGGUGACUCUUGUGGCUCUCCACCACCAGUACCGAUUAACAAAAUGAAGGAACAACUUGCUGGUAGUCCUCCGUCGUUAACAGAAUCACAAAAUUCCAAUGGACAUCAUCUACAUCACAAUCAUCAUCAUCAUCAUCAUCAUCCAACGCAAGUACCUCAACCCCAACAAAAUGGUCACGAUCAGCAACAACAGCAACCGUUGCAGCAACAGCAACAACAACAACAGCAGCAGCAACAGCAGCAGCAACAGCAGCAAUUACAACAACAGCAACAACCGCAAGUACCUCAGCCGCCUAUCGAAAGGGAACAGAGAAGGAAAUGUAGGGUGGAACGUAAAUUGCAAGAACUUGAGGACAAAAGAGAACAGGAUAUCGAAACUACGUAUCACGAUAUCGUUGAAUUUGCACAGAAUUAUUUCAAUAGCCAUGAGAGAUCACCGGAAGGAACUAUAAUGGCUACGCUUACGAGAAAAUCCCGAGGGAAGAGUGUGGAAUAUAUACCAAAAUACGAGAUGGUUACCUAUUACAAAGGAUCUAGUAUACCAAAUUCUCAUAUUCAUAUGUACGAUCCAGAUAACGUUAACGUUGCCUGUUCGGUAUUCAGGGAUUUAUGUAAAUAUAUUCGUGGUGAGAUGAAGCUCGAUUUAGAAAUAGCAACUAUACAAAGUAUCAUCGGAUAUGGAAUAGAAAGGGAAGAAUUAAGGGAUGAGAUAUUUGUACAGUGUAUGCGACAAGCAACUAAUAAUCCUAAUCCCGAGUGGGCCGAACGCGUAUGGUUGUUGCUCUGUUUGGCAAUCGUAGCGUUUCAACCCAGCAAAUUGCUUUACAAAUAUUUCGUAUCCUUUCUUAAGAAGAAUUUAGUAUUGGAGGGUAAACUUAGACAAUACGUGCAAUGGUGUAUCGACAAUUGCAAGAACACGAAGGUUUCCUGCAGACAAUAUCCACCUUCUACGGUAGAGAUUGCUGCUAUGAGACGAUUGGGUACGAUCGUAUGCCGAUUCUUUUUUCUCGAUGGUAGAACAAAAGCUAUCGACGUACAUCCAACCGAUACCGCAGCCGAUGCCGUAGCCAAAUUAGCUGAUAAAUUGGGCCUUAGAUCGUUAGAAGGUUGGGCCAUCUAUCAAAGCAGGCCGGACGGUGAGGAACAUGUCAGAGCGCACGAUUAUUUGUACGACGUGAUCGCUGCGUGGGAAAUGAAGCAAUGCAAAUUGAACACAUCUCAAUCAACGUUCUCGACGUUACGACGUGGAAAUAACGCAACUUUGGGAAGCGGAGACAAUCGUUUCGUAUUUAAACGGCGACUCUUCCGUAACACGCGAGAAAUCUCUCAAGAUCCUGUAGAAGUGAAUAUGCUCUAUGCUCAAGCUGUAUAUAACGUUGUUAAGUGCGAUGAUUUCCCAGUAUCGGAGAAAGUAGCUCUACAAUUGGCAGGAUUGCAAGCUCAGGUAGCAUUGGGUGAUCCAAAGGAUAACGACAGAUUAGAUUAUUAUAGCGAGGUCGAUAGCUUUUUGCCGUAUAGGAUCAGUCGGGCUCGUGGAGAUGACGUUUGGGUACCGAUCAUAGCUCAAGCUCAUAGACAAUACGGAGCUGGUCGAAAAGAAUUAGCAGCUAAAGUCUUAUAUCUAUCUUGUGUAAUGCAAUAUCCGCUUUAUGGUACGACUAUGUUCAAUGUCACGUAUCGAGGAUAUUGGUCCUAUGGAAAUCAAUUGAUACUGGGUAUUAAUUGCGACGGCUUAAUGUUGAUCAAACCCGACGAUAAAUUCGUAUUGUCGGAAUAUCGUUAUCAGGAUGUUGAAAGUAUAAUGUUGGAUCCAAGUGACUCAUUUAUAACGAUCUCCUUGCUACGACACAAUCCUGACAGUUCACACAAGUGUUUCGUAUUUGAGACGGCGCAAAAAAAUGAAAUAGGUAGUCUGAUCGUUAGUUAUUGUCCUGCUUUAGCAGGAUGGAUAACCGAGAACGAAGUUCCUACGAAAAAAUUCAAGGGUAUCACCAACGAGGAUCGUAUAAGGCUUUAUCAUAAUUUGGUCAAUUGUCGGCGAACAUUGGUCGACGGUGAGAUAUUGAGAAAACCACAAGAUUCCGGUGGUGGUUUUCUGAGGAAUACAUUGAGGAGAUUAUCCAAACAUAGGAUCGAAAAGUUACGACAAGAACACGGUAGCGCAACCGAUCACGGUGAAACCUACAAAGGUUUUCCUUAUGCAUAUUGGGCCUUUAGCAGACAGCCUAUACCACAGAGUCUUUCGAAAUUGCCUGAUCCGGACGAACAAAUGGCACUUAGCGUCUUCCAAUUGAUCUUAACUUACGCUGGUCUAGGACAAAAUGGCGAUACCGUUCGAAGGGUCGAAGACGAACACGUCAACCUGAUACAGACGGUCAUGGAAAGGUGUAUAAGAAAGGAAAAUCUUUUAGGAGAAUUGUAUUUGCAAUUGAUCAAACAAACGACCGACCAUCCUGAUCCAAACAGUCGUGUCAAUUUGAGGCAUUGGGCAUUGCUCUCGUUAGCCUGCUCGGUUAUUCUACCGCCGCAAAAGAUCAUUAGGAAAUAUCUUAUUGCCCAUUUGAAACGGUGCUCAAGCGAUUACGUCACCGAGGAAGGUAAAUAUGCUAGAUUCGCCGAAAAAUGUCUUUACAAGACCCAAGGAACUAGAAGAAGACAAUGGCCACCUAGCAGAGAGGAGAUCAUGUGUACGAUCAAUCGUAGACCGAUCUAUGCUAGAUUCCAUUUCAUGGAUGGACAAUAUCAUGCCGUUGAAUUUCAUCCGUCCGCUACCGCUAGAGACGUAAUGGAGAUAAUCAAAGCUAAAAUUGGCCUUGAAGAGACAGCCAUGGGUUAUGCCAUUUACGAGGUAUUAGGACCUACCGAACGUGCUCUUAUUCCCGAAGAAAAAAUAGCGGACGUAAUGUCCAAAUGGGAACGAUACAGAACAGCCAGUGCGUCUCAGCAAGGUCAACAGCCGCAGAGGAAACACGCGCAUCACUUUUUCUUAUUCAAAAAACACUUGUUCCUCGAUCAGUAUAUGAAUCUUGACGAUCCAGUGGAAAAGGAGUUACUUUAUCAUCAAGUACUUCACGAUCUUCGCGCUGAUCGCUUUCCAAUUACCGAGAAGGAAGCCAUCAUGUUAACAGCUUUGCAAGCACAAUUGGAGCUCGGUGAUUGUCACGAUGGCCUUGCCGAGCAAGAAUAUAGAACGAUAUCGAGUCACUGCCUACCAUCAAGACUAGUACCAACUGUUUGCAUAGAAGGAGUACUUCAGCAUCAUCAAUCUUUACGCGGGAUGACACCGCCGGAGGCCAAGAAAGCCUUUUUAAAUUUAAUACAAUCCUGGCCUUUGCACAGGGCAACGAUCUUCGACGUGAUGCAAUCAUUCACUUCGAAUUGGCCCCGAGUCCUUUGGCUUGCAGUCGAUCAAUUAGGACUUCAUUUGCUCGAACAUCGUUCGAGGAAUACUCUUUGUACUUACGAAUACAGUAGUAUUCUCAGUUACAAUCCCGCAGUUAGUAGCUUCAUGAUUAUCACCUGUACCGAUAAGAAACAGAGCAAGGUUAUAUUAACAACUUCGCAGGCACACCAAAUAGCUAAUUUAAUACGGGAAUAUAUGGAGGUGUUGCAAUCACCUCCGGAAAUACCAAAGAGAGAUUCAGCGAUAGCCCAAUCGAUUGCUCAGCAACAAUACCCACAAACUACUACGAAUCUUCCGGCUAAUAAUACUGGUCGAAAAUCACGACCUGCUUCGAUGUUACACAGAGGUGCACCGGUUAUACAAUCUCAAGCUAGCUAGAAUGUUUUGUUGAUCUUAUAUCAAUCGAUUAUGGAUGGACAAUUUUCAGCGAAGCACCUUUUAAUCAGCUUUCAGCUAUUUCAUAUAAGGGGACCGGAAAAUCGAAAGUGAUAUAUAUAUAUAUAUAUAUAUAUAUAUAUAUAUAUAUAUCUGUGUUGUGUCUUUUUGUUUAACGAAAGAUAUAAAUAUGUCUAUGAGCUUUCGUUGUCAAAGUGCCAUAAGUUUUGUAACGUUAUUAACAAUCCUGUUGUUACGUUACAUUGGUAGUGCACCGCCUAUAAUGUGCCCGGACCAAAUAUGUAUUUUCCUUUUUUUUUAUACAUACAUAUAUAUGUAUAUAUAUAUGUAUGUAUGUAUAUAUGUAUGUAUGUAUGUAUGUAUGUAUGUAUGUAUGUAUGUAUGUAUGUAUGUAUGAUGUAUGUAUACAGGGAUAAAAAAGAGGGGACUGAAAAUCCCUAGUUGAUUUUUAAAAAUCAAUUGUAACAUUUUACGAGACGAUUUGUUAGACUUGCCUAAUUCAAUUAGGACUUGAUUACUAUAAAAGUUUUACAAUCUAAACAAGAUAAAAUGAAAAAAAAAUAAUAGUAAACGAGAAAAAAAAAUUAGACUAAAAAGUAUCGAUCGAAAAAGAGUAAUUGGAUUUGUAAAAUCAUCUAAGGACUUUUGUCGACUCAAGCCCUCAAACUCCACCCUGUAUAAAGAAUCUUAUAAACGCGACUUCUGUAUUUCGAUCGCGUCGAUCAUUGUCCUCUGUUAUUCUUUCGAUGCAUUUACGAUUGAGGCAAAACGCAUUAUCGUGAAUUAUCAGGUUCCAUGUACUUUAUUCAAAUAUGUGCCCUCUGCGACGAGAUGUUUUAAAAAUGUGAUUAGUUUAUUAUUAAUUUUUUGUCGAGGCCUACGAAAGACGUGGAAUACGAGACAUAACUAUAUUAUUAUAGGAAAUGCGGUAUAUAAAGAAAGAGAGAGAGAGAGAGAGAGAGAGAGAGAGAGAGAGAGAGAGAGAGAGAGAGAGAGAGAGAAAAGAAAAUGGAUAGUUUCUUCCGAUAUUUAUUCAAUUUAGAUUUAGUAAUUCUGAAUCCUGUGAGAGAAGAGAGAAAGAGAAAGAGAGACAUUGUCAGGAUAUUUAUUAGCUCUACCGCCGGCGGAAUGUAGAAAUGUAGCGUGACAACUAUUAUACGAGUAAAAAAUUAUCUUAACUGCCAUGUUUACGAAGAGAAAAGAGAAAGAAAAUAGAAAAAAAAGAAAAGAAAGAAAGAAAAAAAGAAACCAAGGGAAAAUUUAUCACGUAUAAAUAAUUGAGCCGAUGAUUUAACAAAAUGAUAACCAAGUCAUAUAUUUUCUUUUUCUCUUUUUUUUUUUGUCUUUUUUUUUUAAUCUAUACGUAUACAUUCUGAAAUUUGGAAUCAUUUAAAAAUGUGAACUUAUUCAAAAAUUAUGUUCCUAUAAUUACAAUAAUAUGUUCCUAAAUUAUAUUCCUAUAAUCAAUAUAGAACUGAUAGAAAAGGUACCAUUAAUAAAUAUAUUUAUUCUUGAAAAAAAAAAAGAACAAAAAGGGAAAAGAAAAAGAAUUUCCUUUCGCGUGAUAUGUAAAAUUUUUAAUAAUUUACAAAAUAUGUCCUUUAAAAUAUAUCUCAGAAUGACUUGGAUCAUUUUCGUGAUCGUUAUGGCUCAUUUAUAAGAAAGAAAAAGAAAAAAAGAAGCGAGCUCUAUAUCGAAGACUUCAAACGUUACAAUAUAUACGUAUUACACUGAAAUUAAUCAUACGCGUCAGAGAAAACACACACUUGCCUUCUUUACAAAUAUAUAACACAUACAUACAUCCUUUUCAAAAGUUUUUGAUAAAGAUUUUUGCUAAUCGUGUUCGUGGCUGUUUACGGGGACAUACAUUUUUUAUCACACCGACCACAGUCGAUCUGUCUACCGAUUACGAUAAUAAACGAAAAAGUUAAAAAAAAAAAAAGAAAAAGAAGAAGAAAAGAAACGAAGAAUAGUCGAUCGUUACUUCGUUCUCUUUUUUUUUUUGUAAUCAUCGCGAAGACCAAUCACAGAGGAAGAAUUUUUAUAUAAUAAAAAUAAAAAAAAAGAGAAAUAAAAAAAUAGUAAAAAGUUAUACCGAUAAGAUUUAUCGAUCGAUAGCCAUAGAUCAUCGAUCUUGCAUGGCAUUUGUAUUUACUUUUUACUUUUUUUUUUUUUUUUCUUUUUUGAUUCGUCUUUUAAACUCGUUCGGAUAAUCGUGUCGGUUUUACAAUAUCAAAAGCAAACGUAUAUAUAUAUAUACACAUACACAUAUACAGAAACACACGUACACUUAUUACUGUUCAUAUCCUAUCUCAAUGAUUUAUAGAAAAAUAUUUCCAUUUUUUACGGACAAUAUUUUACAUUAACACGCUGUUGUUACCGCUUUCUUCGUGAGAUAUAUGCAUUACUCGUAUUCUACUAUUCAAAUAAAAUUAAUAAGUAAUAAAAAGAAAUAGAGAGAAAGAAAGAAAGAUAAAGAAACGUAAAAAAAGAAAGAAAAAAAAAAAGAGAAAAUGAAAUGAAAGACGGACGAUAUUAAACUGUGUAUUGAAAUUCCGACGCGAUCUUAUCGAUCGAAUAAUGCCAGACAAAAAAAGAAGAAAAUUGCGUCCAAAAGAAAAUAAUCAAUUUCACAUUUCUCGAAUCGAUCGAUAUAUAUAUAUAUAUAUAUAUAUAUAUAUAUAUAUAUAUAUAAUUACAUAAUAUAUAUAUUGCAUGUAAAUAAUAGCGUAAUGUUUCAUAGUUAAAUAUUAUUAUUAACGUUUGAAAUAAAGCGUUGCGCGGCCGCUUCUAUCGCGUUCGAUUAAUUAAUAAUUUUGUCCUCUUGAUUGGGACGAAUGAAAAAAGAAAAAGAAAAAGAAAAAAAAAGGAAAUAGAAAAAAAAUAGAAAAAGAAAAAAAAGAUCCGUAGAGGCUUAGAAAGAUUACAAAUUUCUUUCCUUUUCUUUUUUUUACGGCAUUUUAUCUCGUUAUUAAUUUUUUUUUUUUACCAUUUUUUCUUUUGCCAUACAUUUUGUCGAUUGAAAUAAUUAAUAAUCUUGAUAAUAAUUUUUUAUAAUAAUUAUAUAACAGAAAUAAUCAUAUACACAGUUUGAAGUUUGAUAAUAAUUAUACAAAGAAAAACAAAAAAAAACAGAAAAAAAAGAGAAAAGAAUAAAGAAAUGAGCCGGUGAUAUUAUUACGAGAAAAAAAGAGAGAGUCUUAAUUGUAAGUUGAAAAAAUGUCUUUCUUUGCAAUAAGAAAAAGAAUUUCUUUAUUUAUAAUUGCAUUAUUCGUAUGGCUAUAAUUUAAUUAUAAACGAAUUACGAUAUAAUUUCUUGACUUUCUUUUUUUCUUUUCUUAUUUUUUUUUUUCUUUAAUUUUUGACAGAUCGUUUUCAUAAAAAAAAAAAAAAAAUCGGCUCGAAUAUCAUCAAAACAGCAGGUUCAGAAUUAUUUUAAGUUCCUUCGGACCAAAGUAUCACCUCGCCAGAGUUACGUUGAUAAAUAAACAAUUAACGAGAAAAAAAAAGAACAAAGAAGGAGAUGAAAUAAGAAAAAUGAUAGUAAAAGAGAGAGAAAGAGAGAGAGAAAGAGAUAAAAAAAAGAGAAAGAGUUAAUUGUUCGUUCUUCGCAGACGGAAUGGAAAUGAAAGGCAAAAAUUUUGUGAAUGCUAUUAUAUAGAACCUACACGCACACAUACACAAACAUACAUAUAUAUAUAUACACACGAACAGACAAACAUAAAUAUAUUAUAUUAUCGUCCCUGAUUAGUUCUAAUUUUCCAUAUACGGAAUUUGGCUGAAGAGAAAAAAAGAAGGAAGAUGAAGAAGAUGAAAAAAAAUAUCGAUGAACAUGAAAUGCGUAACAAGACACAGACUGUGAUCAGCUUUUGGUGUUCUUAGUCUUCGAGGAGCCAUAAUAAUUGCAAGAGAGUGAGAAUACAUGUACGUUUCAAUUUAUUUAAAAUAAAAUAAAUUAAUCGCUAAAUAAAUAAAUAAAUAAAUAAAUAAAUAAAUACAUAAAAAAACGGAGAGAGAAGAAAGAGAAAGAGAGAGAGAGAGAGAGAGAAAAUGAAGUGAAAAAUUGAAGGAGUGGAAGCGAAAGAAAAAAGAAAAUUAUAGUAUAAAUGACGAUGGUGUUUUAUGGGGGAAUUAUAUAUGAUGAUAAAAUCGAAUGCUUGGAGUAACGCGUGCGCGUGUGGCUAUGCUUGAAAAAAAGAAAUUAAUAAAUUGAUUGAUUGAUUGAUUGAUUCAUUAAUUAAUUAAUAAAAAUAAUAAGAUGGCAGAGAACGUGUAUGAAAGAGAGAGAGAGAAAGCGAGAGAGAGAGAGAGAGAGAGAGACAGAUAGAUGGCACAUAAAGUGCAUGUUAUACAUGUGUAGCUUAAGCGAAAUAAUAAAUUAUUGUUUGACGAUGUUAUUUGAAAUAUAUAUAUAUUAUAUAUAUAUAUAUAAUAAUAAUAAUAAUAAUAAUAAGAAUUAAAGUCAUUCUGUAUAUAAUUAUAUAAAUAUACAUACAUAUUAUAGAUAGACAUAUAACACGAACACACGCACGCAUAUACACGCACGUAUGUACGUACACAUCGUAUAACGCACAUAAGAAUACAAAUCUAUACACGCACACAUAUUAAGGAGUUUAGAAAAAAAAAGAAGAAAAACAGAAACGAAUGAUAAACUCUUAAUUACGAACAAUCGACUCGCAUGUUAAAAACACGUACAAAAAAAAACCGAAGUAUUAAAAAACCCGACACAUAAUAAAUAUACACCGACUUAUUACUUAUUAUUUAAUAUAACAAAAUAUACGUACAUCUUUAUGUAUGUAUGUAUGUGUAUAUAUAUACAUAAGCCCCGCUUGUCCGUAUAUACUUAUAUACAUAUAUAUAUAUAUAUAUGUGUGUACACGUAUAUAUGUAUAUCUUUAUGCAUAUAUAAAUAUACAUGAAAUAUACCCGAGCUCUGUAUAAGAAAUACAAUAAAAACGAAACAAACAAAUCUUUAAUAAUGC